GCCGCUGGACGAAGACGCUCCGGCAGGCGGAGGCAACGGAGCGGGGACCCCUCCGCGCCGAGCCCGCGGCCCUGACGGUGUUUCCGGGUGCGGGAGCCGGGAUGUGCGUCCGGGUUGGGUUGCCUCCGCUGCGCGGCUUCCUCCCGCCUCCGGGUCUCGGAGACGGAGCCGCAGCUGCUCAGCCUGCAGCGGCCCCCCCGCUUCCCACGGCCAGCGCCUCCGAGCGGGUCGAUUUGGGAGAUAAAAUUCAUGCUCCUGAAGUAACUAGAGGUUCUCAGCUGCAGAGAUGUUGGAGGAGGAUAUGGAGGUGGCCAUCAAGGUGGUGGUGGUAGGAAACGGAGCAGUUGGGAAGUCCAGUAUGAUUCAGAGAUAUUGCAAAGGAAUUUUUACAAAAGACUACAAGAAAACUAUUGGAGUAGAUUUCCUGGAGAGACAAAUUCAAGUAAAUGAUGAAGAUGUCAGGCUGAUGUUGUGGGACACAGCAGGUCAAGAGGAGUUUGAUGCAAUAACUAAGGCCUAUUAUAGAGGAGCCCAGGCUUGUGUGCUUGUAUUUUCUACCACUGACAGGGACUCUUUUGAAACAAUCCCCACCUGGAAGGAGAAAGUAGUGGCUGAAGUUGGAGACAUUCCCACGGUGCUUGUGCAGAAUAAGAUUGACCUCCUGGAUGACUCUUGUAUAAAGAAUGAAGAGGCAGAAGCAUUGGCAAAAAAGUUAAAGUUAAGAUUCUACCGAGUGUCCGUGAAAGAGGACCUAAAUGUAACUGAAGUUUUUAAAUAUUUGGCUGAAAAAUAUCUUCAAAAGCUCAAACAACAAACAGCUGAAGAUCCAGAAGUAGUACAUACAAGUAGUAACAAAAUUGGUGUGUUUAAUACAGCUGGUGGAAGUCAUUCGGGCCACAAUUCUAGUACACUUAAUGGUGGAGAUGUCAUCAACCUUAGACCAAACAAACAGAGGACCAAGAAAAACAGAAGUCCUUUUAGCAGUUGCAGCAUACCUUAGAACCACUUUUGGAAGGAAAACGUAUGACAGUCAUUUGAAUGAAGUUGUGCAAUUAAAUACGGAAUACAGCCAGCUAUAGAGGUAUUUUACCAGUGCUCUCGCAAACCUUGCACCUACAGGAUCCUUGACAGAUGGUGGAUUUAAAUAAUAUUGCUGUUGCAAUGUUUAUUUUGUAUGUAAAGUGAGACCCCGGUGGCAAAAAAAUAUAUAUAUCGAACCAUUGUUGCCCCUGUGCAUUUUGUUUAAAUUGGAUGAGCUUUUCCUGUUUGAAGGACUGUACAAAGCUAUGUAAUAGGUUUGGCUGAAUUGUUAAGCAUAUUAAAAAUGUAAGCAUAGUGCUUACAAGUAUUGGUACAUACUAAUAUGACCCAAGGUGAAGUAGCUUCCUUCCAACUAAGUUUACCAGCAAAUUUGAUAGAAGAGUGGUAGUCAACCAGGACUCUGAAAAGUAAAAUGAGAAGCAAAAGGCAGACAUCAUAUUUGUCAGAUUACACUAAUACAUAUUCUGGCAAUUUUACUGGUGCAAUAAGUUUUGUAUGUUAUAUGAAUGUUAAGUAAGGUGUGCACGUAGAUAUUUGGUACAAAUACUCAGACCACACAAGAGGAUACAGUAUUGGAUUAAAAUAGCAUCCUUAAAAUUAUUUUCACUUAAAAUUUUGCAUUUCAAAUAAGACUUUUUCCAAAGGAGUUCUGUUCAUUAAUUAAUUAACUCACUACACUUUGGGCCUUUAAAGCUUAGGUUUAAGAAGAGGUGUGCCAAAAACGUUUUUUCCUUUUUAUCUUGUAAUGCACUACAGAUAUUUUUGUAAAGUUUGUUUGUGUCAGUCAUAAAAGGGUAAACAGUUAGUAUUGUUUCUGAUAAUAUCAGUCCUCUAAAUGGAACCCAUAAAAUUUCAAUUGUAUUCCUGUCUAAAAAUAUAUUGCUGACAUCUAAUAUGUUCAUGCUACAUGAACUAUGAAAAGUAUGUUGAAUUUGCAGAGUGGGGUGUCAACAAAAUGUCUUAGGUUCUAUUGAGAAAUAGGUGUAAACUGAGUUCUGGAGGAUCCAACAAGUUGUAGCUGAAGACUAAAUCACACAUUAAACUAAUGAGACCCUCUUCUCGUAUUCGGAGUUAUGCCGCAGGUUAAAAAUCUAAUUCUGCAAUAUCCGAUCUAAGGGGUAAAGUUUUCAGAAGUGACUUGGGGCUUGCCUACACAGCGCACCAAUGCACGUUAGAGGGGUAUGAUUCCUAAAGCACACCAGAUUGCACCUAAGUGACCCAUAUUCCUGCUAGCAUGAACUAAAAAUUCCCUAGUGCGCAUUAAGAUAGACGUGCAGUAGGGAACUUUUAGUUCAUGUCAGCAGGAUUUGCAUGCACAAGUUAGUGCACAACACAUUGGUGCGCUUUGGAAAUGACAUCACUCUCGUGUGCAUUGCCAUGCUAUGUGGACAUUCAGGUAUCUAAGUCUAAUUGAAAGUCAAUAUAACUUAGGCUUCUAAAUCACUAAGAUGCUUUUGAAAAUUUUCACCCAGUUCUCUCCAAACAUGCAUUUUAAAAAUAUCCAUUUUGUUUGUUUUUGUGUAGUGUUGUAUAAUUUUAAUUUUCUAGGAUUUUCUACAACAAAGCUCUGCCAGCAACAAAUGCAAAAAUAUUCUGCUUUAAGCUAUUCAGAAUUUUAAUAGUUUUUAAACGGAUGUACUAGAGUGAAAAUUACAUGACCUGGAGCUGUAAGUAUUCAAUAUAGAUUGCUACACAAUUCCUAUUAGUAACUGAUUUUCAUUGUACAUUAAUGGGUUGGUUUAAUAGUUAUACUUUCAGUUUAGUCCAUCAUUUUUCUACUUUUUCCCAAUACCAUGGGAGAAUUUCUUGUGCAGUAAACAUAUAAUGCAGUAAGUCUGCACUCUUGUUAGUACUUUGUAUAUAUGUUGGAGGAGGGACUUACCUUUUCAUUAAUUCAUAUAAUAAGCGUAACUUGCUAAUUUCUGAGACCUUGAGCAUGAAAACUGAAAUGUACUCUUGGUACCAAUCUGAUAUGUGGGUAAACUGUGUGCGUGGUGAUACUUACAGACACUAAAAUAAUCUGAAGUGCUGCAUUGUAUGUUCAUAUAGUCUAUUUCCUGUGAAGUAUCUUGUUUCUGUGACAAGCUGUUGCUGCAUCUCCCAUUGCUGGCAAUGAGAUGGGCAUUGAGGCACUCAAUCCCUCUUCUAUUAAAAAAAAAAAAAAAAAAAAAAGGUUCUUACUGCAGUGUUUCUUACAUACUCUGUUAGAUAAAGGCCUUUAUUUUUUAAAAGCGCAUUUAAUCAUUGUAUGGAUGUAUAAAUGGGGCCAAAUUUUACCUCUUGUCAAUUUCAUGAGUAAGAUAGCAGGAUUUGGUAAGAAAGAGAAUCAAUCUCGUACAUAAUGUGACAUCUCAACAUUUUAGGAUUUAAGUAGAGUGUAUAUUUGUGCAGAAUUUUGUCAAACAUUUUUAAUGUUGAAUUUUUUACAUUAUGCCAGUAGCCUGCCAGUUUUACAGUUUUAAAAAAAAACAGGACUGUCUAUAACUUGAGUUUUUGCCUUAUUUCACUUUGUACAAAGUACUGAAGAAUAAGAGCCUUUAUUACACCUAAUUGCCAUUUGUACUGUUAUGUUUACGGUCUGUCAUUAUAAACCACUUUUUUCAGGAUUGAAAACUUGACAAAAGGUUCUAUACCAGGCUGAAACUUGUCAGACUUACCAAAUAUGAGGGAAGCUUAAAUGUAUUACAAGGAGACUACUUGCAUGCUUAAAGUUAAGCACAUGUGUAAGUGGUUGCAGAGUCAGGUAGUAAGUAGUGUGGUUAUUUUCCUUCCCACCUCUCACUGUAAAGUGGCUCUUCAUUUUAUGUUUUAACGUUGUGGAGAGUCCGUUUGCAAUAUGGCUGGAAGUGAUGCAGAAUGCAACAAAUUGACAUUAGGAUGAUAGUCUAUUGUGCAUUUGUGCUAAUUAAAAAUUUAAAGGAUUUUAGCAUGCAGAUAUGCAGCAGCAGACUAGCAAGUUGCAGAGUUCCUUGGGCACUCAACUCUCAGAUGUAGUUUCUAACUCUGAAACCAGACAUAUUUAAAUUAUUAGUACUCACAGCUCCAUAUGAUUAGUUUAUAUUAAAAACUAAUCUUACAAAAAAAGAAACACAUUAAUGUGCACUCUCAAUUAAAAUAUUUUGGAGAGACAGUGUGGUUUACUCUCCAAAACUAAGACCUACAGAGCUGGUAACAAAAUGCCAUCAGUGCAUCUCAUUGUGACAAUGUUGUAGAAAAGGAUGUGGUCCUCUGUUAGAAACCUACAGCAGUGGGUAUCCUUACGUACUGAAUCAUGAACAACUGUUCCCAUCUCAACAAAUGAAGUUCUUUUCUAUAGGUACAGUAGGAACUAGGCUCACUGCAUUCCAAUUACAUCUGGUGACCUCUCUUGAAUCUCUGCACUGGGUGUAUUACUUGCACCCUGUCACAACUGUUUGUGCUGCUAUCAACUGAUAAGGCCAUUAAAGGAAAACUUCAGUAAUUAGUUAUGCCUUAGCUAAGUGAGUGUUUACUAAACUAGUCUAUACACUACAGGAGCAAUUUUUAGAAACAUCUGUUACUAUUUCAUUGUAUCCAUUCAGCGAAUGGGCUUGCUUCGUUAGUAAGGCCUGCCUUUUUAAUGAUACUUUUCAGUAGGGGAUGCUAUUUGAUGCGAAGUAGGAUGGCUAUGAUUCAUUUUCCUUUGGAAAUAACAAAGCUCUGAGUUACAAUUUCAGUCAUUUUAAAUUUUCUCUUGGUUAACCCAACUUAACUUUUUAAAAAUUAUAGAAUUUAUAGCUUCAGAGCUUUCUGAUUUUUUCAUUGUUUCCUAAAGGCAAAGCUUAUCCUUUCAGUCCAAAUGUGCAUCAGCAUAUUUUCAAGCUGAUUCCCUGGUUUUUGUUUUAUUACACUUAAACUUGUUUUACUCUUCUUUGUAAUUAGUGAUUAGACUAUAGCUUAUAUUACACUGUAGCUUUUUUGGUCACUUCUACAGAUUGUAUCUUUAAAGGGAAUUCAGCAGUUGAACACAUUGUACUGCUAAGAGCUUGUGCCUAUAUACAGUGCAUAAUGCUCAGUGAACAUGCACUUUGAACAUGUUAAUUCAUAAGUCUGAUGGUUAUCAGUUAAUCAGUAAUAUGAGAAUUCAUUAUUUGCACUGGUGAACCUGCUUGUGGGUACUCUCGCUUACAACUACACAAUGUAUAAGUUUAUUGUAUUCCAAUGAUAAUACCAAAAACUGCAUUAGGUUUCUAAAUGCCUCUAUAUAAAAUUUUGCUCAGUAACAUGAAGAGCAAUUAUGGUCCAUUUAGCUAGCUUCAUUAAAUUGCCUUACUAUAUUGCUAUAAGGAAAAAUCACUUGUACUGAUCAUUAAUGUGUUCAGUAAAAUCUGAGGCUCAUAAAUUCAAGCUGUACUGUAUUGACAAAUAGUAUGUAUUGUACUCCUAAUACCUAAUCAGAAUGGGUAAGAAGAAUUAACAGUGAGUCUUGCAAGAGUAAUAAAUUUAAGACUUUUUACACAUUAUUACAGAAAGAUGAGAAGUCUUUCAAACAAUUAAAAUUCAAAGGUUAAUUCCUCUUUGUAUGAUGGGAGAGACCAUGACCUAAAAGCCAAGUGAACCUUAUUUAGGUAAUACUAAAAAUAGUAUCAGGUUACCAGUAGAAUUAGGGUAAUAGUGAUAUAUUAUAUGUCUAGUGAGCAUUCCUUCUCUCUCAUUUGAAACAAUAGGCUGCUGACUAAACUUGGUCAAAAUAUAUUAAUCAAAAAAUUAGUUUGGGCCAAAAGGGAUAUUGCUCUCAUCACUAAAAUAAAAAUCCAUUGUUACUAAUAAGUGACUUAUCUAAGUUGCAUAUUUCUAUGAAUCUGAAUGGUUAAAACAAAUCAAAUGUAUAACCUUUUAUCACCAUCAUGUACCCAAGUAAAUGGAAUAUACUUAUUUUUUUAGAAAUUCAUGUCAACAUGACCUAUAGUUCAUACUCAGACAAGUGGAAAAAUAAAUGUUUCAAAAUGAA